AGACACCACGGUGGGGGGUGGGGUGGUGGGGUGAUCCCCAUUACCUCCGCGAUCAGCGGUCGAGCCCGACACGUGACGCGUCGUCGCCCGCACCCACCACCCAAGGGCCAAGGAGAGGGGGGUACCCAUUACCCAACCCAAAACCAAGACCAAGCGCCCGACCUCGCCUCACGCGCAGCCGCCGUGCCGUGCCCCGUGCCGACUACUCGCGAGCGAGCUCGCUCGCUUCCACCAGAAAUCCCCCAACCCGCGGCUGACUCACUCCCGUCCCUCCCCGGAUCCCGAUCUGCGCCGCCGGCUGGCUCGGCCGGGCGUCUCCGCGGGGGCCAUGGAGGAAGGGCGCGAGGGAUGGCCGUGCGCGGCGGCGGGGGAGGCGGUGGCGGCGGAGGAGGGGGAGGAGGAGGACCAGUUCGACCGGCUGCCCGACGCGGUGCUCCUGGACGUCUUCAACCGCAUCGGCGACGUCAAGGCGCUCGGCCGCUGCGCGCUCGUCUCGCGCCGCUUCCACGGCCUCGUCCCGCUCGUUGACUCCGUCUUCGUCCGCGUCGACUGCGUCAUUCCCGACGAGCCGGCCCCCUCCUCGGCCGGCUCCCCGCAGGCCGCCGCGCCGUCGCGGGGCCGGGGCGCGCUCGCCCACAUCGCGCGCCUCGUGCUCGGCGGCAUCGUCAGGCCCAUCCAGGCGCUGGGCCAGAUCCUCUCCCCCACCCUGGCCAUCGUCUCACGGCGCUCCGUGGCCCUGCCGCCCGCCUCGCCGCCUCCGCCCGCCGGGGACGUCUCCCACCACUCGCCCUCCGAGGUCCUCCGCUCCUUCAAGGAGCUCCGCAGCCUCCGCAUCGAGCUGCCCACCGGAGAGCUCGGCAUUGACGACGGCGUGCUCCUCAAGUGGAAGGCCGACUUUGGGUCCACCCUCGGCAGCUGUGUUAUCCUCGGCGCGUCCUCUGUAUCGUCAAAACCGCUGCAAUCACCAAUGUCGUCCCCUAAUGCCGAGGACAGCGAGGCUACAUCUCUGGAUGACAACAGGGAGCCUGAAGAACUGGCGAGCAUCCCUGAGUCGCUUCAUACGAAUGGGGGCCUUAAGCUCCGCGUCGUCUGGACCAUCAGCUCGCUCAUUGCUGCAUCGGCUCGGCAUUACUUGCUGCAGCCAAUCAUUGCCGAUCAUGAAAUGCUUGAUAGCUUGAACCUCACGGAUGCUGACGGGCAGGGUGUGCUCACUAUGGACAAGAAGCAGUUACAGGAGCUGCGAGUGCGGCCUGUGUCGGUUUCUGGCAAUUCACACCGCACGCUCAUGCCAGCGCUCAUUAUGAGGCUUUGGUAUGCCCCGCAUAUUGAACUUCCCGGGGGAGUACUGCUGAAGGGCGCCACGCUGGUGGCGAUCAGACCAAGUGACGAUGUGCUGAGGGAGGGAGGAGGGGUUGAGGCUGCUGGUCCGGCAGGAGCUAGCUGGAUCUCAGAUGCCUUUGAGGAGCCAUAUCGAACAGCGGCAAAGGUGCUUUUCAAGCGGCGGACAUACAGCCUUGAAAUGAACUCAUUCUGAGCUUCAGAGUUUAACUUUCUAGGAGGAUGAUGGGAUGCCCUUCAGGCGUAUCAGCGUAUGUAGUAGUGGUGGACCUGACGCAUAUGCAGAUUAUAUACACCCUGCUUUUGCUGGUCUUUUCAGCAAUGUGGAAUGGAAUGUCUCAUCUACAGCAAAAGUACCCUGAAGUGAAGCCUCUAGAUGCUAGGUUGGUUGGCCAUUGUUGACUAUCCGCCUAUUGGACAUAUUCGAUCGAGUAGCAUCCCUUUUUCACUGUUACUCUGCUAGUUCUAUACCAAAUUAUAGGCUGAAACAUUCUGUCGUUUCGAGACACAUUUUAGCUGUGCUGUGGCAUAUGUGACUCAAAACUGUUGAACUUUUGUGUGUAUCAGACUAGUAAUGUCUUUAGAUUGAACUUUUUACUACAGAACAGAUGCAUAAUUAUCUAUGUCUAUACCAUAAUCAUUCGAUCAAUCCAGACCGCCCAACCGGAUUUUUUUA